CUGGUUAAUUCAGAUCUUUAGACUAUUGAGGAUGCCUUCAGGUCUCCUUCACCUUAAUACGGUCGAGUUCAACCAAGCUAGAGUUAAUCGGGAAGACCGAAACGCUUCGGUAGAUAUCGUUGCUGUCCAUGGCUUGAAUGAAGACAUGAUCGAAGCCUGGACUGAUGCUGAAACGGGAAUUCUCUGGCUUCGCAACUUCCUCCCAGAGGCCAUACCAGUGGCACGAGUGUUAACAUUCGGUUACGACGCUUCUGCUUCCUCAUUCUACAGCGCCGGCUGGGCCGACACGAUCCAAAAGCAUGCGCAUACUCUUGUGGCUGCUUUGCAGGCUGACCGAAGCAUUGAGGGCUGUGACCACCGACCCAUCAUCUUCGUCUGUCAUGGUCUUGGUGGGAUAUUGGUCAAGAAAGCGCUGGCCUACUCUGCAAGUCGAACGUCUGCGCAGGUGGUCCAUUUAUACACUAUCUUUGUUUCGACGUACGGGAUACUUUUCUUCGGAACACCACAUAAUCGCACAGAUACGGCCAGUUGGUUUGCACUGGAAUCAACACAGAGCUCGGAGCUUCGCACCACCAUACAAGCAGAUGGCCAGUUUAAUACCGCGUUGAACUGGAACUCAGAGACUUUGGAAAUAAUUACAGACCAGUUCGCCCCGCUUAUGAAGCAAUUCCAUAUAUUCUUCUUCUGGGAAGAGGUCCAGACUAGUUUUGGACACCGGUCAGGAUUCAUCGUCGAAGAGUCAUCUGCAGCACCUAUUUUGGACAACACAGAGCGGUCUGGCAUAGAUGCCACUCAUUCACGUAUGGUAAAGUUCUCAGAAACGAACUCUUCAAGCUACAGGACGAUCAUUGCAGCAUUGACACGGUAUUGUCGUGAAGCGCCUAGAGUCAUUGCUCAUCGAUGGGAGGUGGCACUUGCAGCGCUCGCCCGAGCACGAUCGAAUGAGGCUUUUGAGCUUGCGGGUUUGGCUUUUGAUAUUCACAACGACCGCCUAUUCCCCUGUGACCACAGUGCUUCAAGGAGGUCGCACAGCAAACAUUUCUUUCCGCCUCAAGAGACCGCUGCCGAUUUCAUUGGACGUGAAGACAUAUCUCACAUUCUCCACAAUGCUCUAUUUCCGCCAGAGAACACCUCGUCAAUUAACCGGCAAAGAAAAUUCGUUGUCUAUGGGAUGGGAGGCUCAGGAAAGACGCAAUUUUGUUCCAAGUUUGCAAGAGACAAUCAAGAGCAAUAUUGGGCAGUUUUCACCAUCCAUGCAACGUCUGUCGAGACUGCGAAGAAUUCCUUCGCUAGAAUUGGGAAGAUUGGUGGAUUGGGAGACACCGAAGGCGCUGGCAAAUAUUGGCUCUCGCAACUAGAAGAACCGUGGUUGCUUAUUAUUGACAACGCCGACAAUCCCGACCUAGACUUAGCAGGCUUGUUUCCAGAGGGUGACAGAGGACAUAUUCUCAUAACGACUAGAAACCCAGACUUUCGGAGUCACGGUACUGCUGGAAGUGUCGAACUUAAAGGACUCAAGAAACAAGAAGCUCUGCAUCUUCUGCUCAAGCGGGCUGAUGUUCCCAGGCCGUGGGACGCGUCAACUGAAGCCGCCGGAAACGAGAUAACCCGGACCCUAGGAUAUCUUGCACUGGCUUUGAUUCAAGCUGGCACUUCUAUUUUUCGAAAGAUCUGCGACUUAACAGACUAUCUGAAUUUUUACAACCAUUAUCGAAGUCGGCGCCGAGCAAGGCCGCAUUCCAUGGCUGCACCCGAAGAUGACGAUAUUGUCUACUCCGCCUUCGACUUUUCCAUGAAUUAUCUCCAAGCUAAAUGUACAGUCGUGAGUCAGGACGCCGUGGAACUCCUCAAUAUUGUUGGCUUCUACCAUUUUGAACAUAUUCGGGUCGACAUCUUCACGAGAGCAGUAGAAAACAGGCUCAGAGCACUUGCCUCCUCAGCGAACAGGCCUACACAUUCAAGGCUUUUAGGCGCAAUCAUCACGCGAUUACAACCCCCACCCACACUUCCACAGUUUCUCAGACAAGACUUAAAAACACUGCAUCCAUAUCGUGUGAGACGAGCACUCCACGAGCUAUACUCGCUCUCUCUCAUCAGCUACGAUGGUAAGGACGCGAGCUUCUCACUACACCCUUUGGUACACACCUGGGCUAGAGAUCGUCUCGAUCAGAGGGAAAAAGCGCUCUGGGCACAAAUUGCACUGAAUACGCUCACCGAAUCCAUUCUACUGCCACCAGACGAUGCCGGAGAAAUUCAUGGAGAAUUCAGGAAAGAUCUGCUCCCUCAUCUCGAUGCCUGCCUUGCGGCAUGUCCAAUCAGGAUUAGCGAUUACCGUAGCCGAUUGGGAAGACUUCAACUCUCCUACGCGAAAUUCUUCCAGCAAACGUUAUUACUCAUCAUCCGCGACCAAGCUCUCAAUGCUGGGAAAUGUGGCUAUGUAUACGCCGAGCGUGGUCGCUUUGGAGAAGCCACGGUGUACUUGUCAAUGGUGAAAGACGUGUUGGUCGAAACUUUGGGCUACGAAAAUGAGAGAACCAUGAUAGCGAUGUUAGGUCUUGCGGGAACGUAUUGGGGUCUAGGGCGCUUGGAAGAGGCAAUUACUCUGCAAAAGCGUGUUGUUGAGGCUCGAUCCAAAGUCUUCGGUCCUGAACAUCGCGAAACCCUUCUGGCCAUGGAUCAACUGGGGCGGUCUUACUGGCUGCAUGGUCAAUAUCAUGAGGCUCUCAACUUGCAACAACUCACCACAGAUCGGAUGAAAGCAGUCUUGGGUUCAGACCAUGACGACACACUCACGGCUUUGGAUAACUUGGGCGUGACGCUUGGGUCUUGGCAUAGAUUCCAGGAGAGCAUGGAGAUUCACCAGCAAGUCCUCCUUUCCAGGGAAAAGAGGCUCGGAGCCACGGAUCUAGAAACUCUGACAACAAUGAACAAUCUUGCUAUGGCCUUACUAGACCUUAAACGUCUGGAUGAAGCUAGAGGAACCAUGCACAAGGUUUACGAAGAGCGAAAGCUUCAGCUUGGCAAGGAACAUCCUUGGACAUUAUGGGCGCUCUGUAAUCUAGCGAAAAUCAAUAUUGAGCUGGGAUUACUCCAAGAGGCCGAAUACAUGCUAGUAGAUGGAAUAGCCGCGGGUAAACGGAGCCUCAGCGACAACCAUCUGGGGGUCUUGAUGGGCUGUGGCGAGCUUGCACGAGUCUACGCCCGGCAAGGUCGAUUCGACGAAGCAGAGAAACUCACCUUAGAUACAAUUCAGAGGCUUGAAAAAUCCCGUGGGCACGAACACCCUGACUCCGUCUAUGCCAUGUGGAAGCUGGCACAGCUCUAUGAGCUGCAAGAUAAGAUUGAGAAAGCUGUCCAGGCAUGCGAGGUUGCCCUAGAGAGGGUCAAUAUGAGGCUGACGAAGCAACAUCCAUUUUGCAAAAAAAUUGAAUCCAAACUGUGCUCGCUUCGAAACCGACUCCGGCCGAAACUUGAAGAUGCGCUGAUAGAUGAACGUCGCGACCCCGAACAACACGAAGAUCAUGUUGUACGCCAAUUCAAAGCCCGCAGCCAACGGACAUGGUGA